AUGAAACAUCACCUCCGUCGCAUCAUCGGAAAUGCGUUCCUGUGUCACGAAGCUUUCAUCACCGUGCUAGCUCAAAUUGAGAGCUGCCUCAACUCGAGGCCAAUUACACCUCUAUCUAGCGAUCCCAACGACAUGCAGGUUUUGACACCCGGCCAUUUUCUCAUCGGUCGGCCGCUUAAUGCUCUACCCGAUCAUGACUACACUGGCAUUCCAGAGAAUCGUCUCAAGUUAUGGGAACGCAUUCAACGAUGCACGCAGCACUUCUGGCAGCGAUGGCAUCGGGAAUACCUUUCUGGUCUACAAAAGCGCUACAAAUGGUCGAAGUUCACCGCUAAUUUGGUUGUCGGCUCUAUCGUCCUGCUGCAGGAAGAUUCGGUACCAGUGCUGAAAUGGCCUAUGGGGCGAGUAUUAGAGGUACACCCGGACGAUGGGGGAGUCGUACGAGUAGCCUCCAUUCGGUUGCCGUCCGGCAAUAUCACUAGGCGAGCCGUUUCCAAAAUAUGUGUCCUGCCUGUGGAAGUGAAUUCCGAGCAACUUCCAUCCACCGCCCAAUCGUCGGACGCUAUUCGUUCAUCCACAGGGUCAUCAGGCGACUCUGGUAACCACAUUGAUGCCGAGGAAAGCCGUAAUAUGUGUUAA